CAGAGCGCAGGAAGUUGCACAGCCAGUUGUCACAGAGACGAUGAGGCUGUGAUUGAUGAAUCGCAGGUCCCAGCCAGUUGCUCCCAAAGACAGGCUCCUCCCAGCCCUUCCAGCGCCCCCGAGACCCAAACCAGCAGGAGGAACAUGCAGCCCCCGAAUCGCUGAGGCCCCUCCUAUCCCGCUUCUGCCUCACCGCCAGGACCUCUUCCACGAUGGCCUGUAACCAAUCGUCCAUCGAGACCUACGAAUACCUGCUGCCCAACGCGAGCCACGAGGGGGACUCCCGGGUGCCCCCGCCACCUGCCACGCUCAGGAUGUCCCUGGCGGUCCUCAUGAUGCUGACGGUCGUGGCGGGGUUCCUGGGCAACGCGGCGGUCUGCAUCAUCGUGUACCGGAGGCCGGCCAUGCGCUCCGCCAUCAACCUGCUGCUGGCCACGCUUGCCUUCUCGGACAUCAUGCUGUGCCUGUGCUGCCUGCCCUUCACGGCCGCCACCCUCGUCACCGUCCGCUGGCACUUCGGGGACUCCUUCUGCCGGCUCUCAGCCGCGCUCUACUGGUUCUUCGUCCUGGAGGGUGUGUCCAUCCUGCUCAUCGUCAGCGUGGACCGCUUCCUCAUCAUCGCGCAGCGCCAGGACCGGCUGAAUCCCCGCCGGGCCAAAGUGAUCAUCGCCGCGUCCUGGGCGCUGUCCUUCUGCGUCUCGGCGCCGGCGCUGGCCGGCUGGACGCUGGUGGAGGUGCCGGCGCGGGCCCCGCAGUGCGUGCUGGGCUAUACCGAACUCCCGGCCGGCCGCGCCUACGUGCUGACUCUGGUGGGCGCCGCCUUCUUCGUUCCCUUUGCGGUGAUGCUCGGCGCCCACCUGGGCGUCCUGCACGCGGUGCGCAAGAACGCGGUGCGCGUGCACAACCAGUCCGAGCGCCUGGACCUGCGCCGGCUGCCCCGCGCCUGCCUGCGGCGGCUCCGGCGGCAGCAGCAGCAGGCCAGCCUGGACCUGAGUUUCAAGACCAAGGCCUUCACCACCAUCCUGAUCCUCUUCGUGGGCUUCUCGCUCUGCUGGCUGCCGCACUCGGUGUACAGCCUGCUGUCGGUGUUCAGCCGGCGCUUCUACUGCGGCCCCUCUUUCUACGCCACCAGCUCCUGCGUGCUGGGGCUCAGCUACCUCAAGUCCGUUUUCAACCCUAUCGUCUACUGCUGGCGGAUCAAGAAGUUCCGCGAGGCCUGUCUGGAGCUGCUGCCCCCCACCUUCCAGAUCCUCCCCAAAGUGCCUGAGCGGAUUCGGAGGAGAAUCCAGCCGAGCACAGUGUACGCGUGCACGGAGAACCAGUCCGCGGUGUAGGGGAGGGGCGAGCAAUAGCCCCGAUCUGCCCCCCACUUGACUUCCUGGGACUCCUGAGCAGUCAGCGCUUAGCACAAAGGGACCCGCUGGUCAUCAGGGAAACGGGCUCCCGCGUUUGCACGAUGAAUUAUUUUUGUUUCUUGCUGCAGAACAGCAGCGCGGGUCUGCUGGAAACCCGAAGGCCAUCAGGACCAAAGGGGAGAUGCGUGCAGUGAUGCAGGUGG